AUGCGACGGAGGCAAAUCCUGGGCAAAUCUCUGAUCUGUAUAAAGUUCAAUAACGACAGUUGUAAAAUCUCUCGUACUCUUUGCUUCCUUCUCCCAACUAGACCCAACAUCAGCGAACAUUCCCUUUCGUUCUGCUCUACCCUGAUCGUAGAGUUAAAGAUUCACAAGACCAGCCCCACGGCCCCCAAUUUUAGUGAUUGCGCUCAACCUUUCGCGAUUUCAGAACACCACGUCGGCAUCUUCCGAACGGCGAUCAUGAACGUUGACAGCGCGCACUCUGCUGCGUCUGCACCAGCGCCAGUCUCCUCAGCUGCUCCUCGUCCCAUCCCCUCAUCUUCUUCAGAACUACACCGCUGGGAUCUUUCUGAGCUCUUGAAUCCUUCUUCAGGAGGUGCUCAAUAUCCCCGCGACCGAAAAAUGUCGCUCGAUUUUCCUUCUGGCAACGGACAACCCCCGCACAGCCUCUACAGCCAACCAGACCUAGAUCAGCCGUUUAAUAUGCACAACUCUGAUAGUAGUUCCACGUCGCCCUCUCAUCCCCAUAUUGGUGGAAGUCUACAGCAGCACACCUAUGAUCACCCAGACAGGAUGGAGGCUACCGACACUACCAAUUAUGACCUUUUCCCAAAUUCUUCGUCCGGUGCUUCUUUUUCCUCUAACCGAUACCGCACGAACGCGUCAUCUUCUUCUUCUCUUGGUCACAAUUAUGGGAUGCACUCAGAGGGAGUGUAUUCACAUUCCUCUUUCAGUGAUUCUGUACCUUCAUUCAACGGCUCCAACACCAACCCAUACGACAUGAUCAGCAGCUUGCCUUCUUCAUAUAGCAGUGACAAGAUUUCGCCAUUAACUCCGAGCGACUCAGUAAGUGGUCUUCACCAUUCCCCUGCUUAUCCCUCAGGAAAGGAUUAUCCUACACCUGGUUACGGAGAUAUGUCUGAACGUCGCCUUCCCAACGGAAGUUCCACCGGUUAUCAGUCCGAAUACUCUGACGAGUACGGGAUUGGAGGUGUGAACAACGGGCUUUCCUUCCCACCCUCGACAAUCCAACAUUUCCAAGAUCGUCUGGGUCGUUUUCCACCUGAUCGCUACAACCACGCCUCAGGCCCUACGAUUCCCUCACAUCAUGGCCCUGACAUCUUGCGAAGUGUUGCCCCACACGCGACUCACUCUUUCCGAGAAGGUGGUGUUGCAGGCUACGACGAGAUGCCGCAUUAUAUUGGUGCCAGUCCUCAUCAGGAUGUGGCCCUCCGCAUGCCUUCUGUCGACGAAACCCUGGCACGCAUGAAGCUUCAAGGGCAUCCCAUAAUGGGCACUUCAAAUGAUCUCCACACAUUCAUUCGUCCCUUUCUUGAUCAGUAUGUUCGCACGCCCAACCGACUAGCCUUUGGAGAGCGGACCAUUAUUGUCAUGUCGAGCAAGGUGGCCCAAAAAUCCUAUGGUACGGAGAAAAGAUUUCUAUGCCCACCACCAACCGCCAUAAUGAUUGGCAAUUCAUGGUGGACUGACGUUGUCCGAAGGGGUGAAGACCCCAAACUAUACCCUCCUCGAGUGGUCAUUUCUAUCUCUGGCGAGCCCGUGCCGCAGGAAGGAUCCAUUGAGUGGACCGGAUCAUCCGGUAAGUCUUUCGAUGUGGGCGACCCUCCCACAGGAACAACGUAUAUUGGGCGCUGUGUUGGGAAACAACUUUUCAUCUCCGACGUGGACGAAAAAAAGAAGAAGGUUGAGGCCCUGGUCAAAAUUACAGCCCCAGGUUCGGAGGAAGACUCUGAACGGGUGAUUGGGACGUUCCCCAGUCGGCCUAUAAAAGUCAUUAGUAAACCUAGCAAAAAGAGGCAGAGUGCCAAAAACCUCGAGCUCUGCAUCAAUCAUGGUUCUACUAUUUCAUUGUUUCACCGUUUGCGUUCUCAAACGGUCUCUACAAAAUACCUUUGUGUCUCUGGCUCUGGAUCUUCUUUCAAAGGCUCAGAUGGCGCCCCUUUAAUGGGACUUGACCAACGGUCCCGGUCGACAACACCAUCGUUCAUUGCCCGAACGGCCUCCUGGGAUCCUUUCGUUAUGUACAUCGUUGAUGUCAGCAAACCAGCUGGUGGGGGAGUUGACGCUCCUCCACCACCGCCUCCCCAACCCGAUUAUCCUUCCCCGCCCCCAAACGCCAUUCCAUUCACAAACAACGGGUCACAAAUCCCCAUCUACUAUAACCAGACUGUGGUUUUGCAGUGUCUGACUUCCGGUGUUGUUAGUCCCGUAUUGAUUAUUCGAAAAGUUGAUCGCCAGACAACGGUUGUUGGUGGUGGACUCCAAGAAGGUGCCAAGGGUAUCGCAGAUCACUUCUGUUCUCCUGGAGAAGUGUGCGGAGAUCCCGUAUCUCAACUUCACAAAAUCGCCUUUGAAGUCUACGACUCCACAAAAGGAUUGCCUGAACCUGGGACGCCUGGCGCCACAGGCGCUUUCUUGUCAUGUAUGGGUGAGAAGGUCAAUACUUAUCGCCCAAUCGAUGGCCGACAGUGGAACAACAAUCAGAAUGGAUCAAAUUCUCCUGCUCUCCCUGGUUCGCCCAUCUCUCCUACCCCUGGCUCAGCCAAUAGUGAAUAUUUCGGGCUUGGGGAUAGCGCGCCCGCGUCACCUUCUGCCACGGACUUUAUGUCUAACGAUGGUGGUCGUGUUAAGAAAAAGAGAUCGACUUCAAGUGCUGGUGGUAUUACGAAGAAUGUAGGAGCUAAAGGCCGCCGCCGACCGAGCUCAGCAGGCUCCGUCUCUUCAAGCCGCCGUGGCUCUGGCAGCGACGCCGGUGCCUCUUCAGGAGCGCUCUGGCAAGUAGACAUAGGCGAGACAAGCGUCUGGACAAUUGUGGGAACAGACCAAAUCCGUUACAAUUUCUACGUCCCUCCUCUGCUUUUUGAUAAUCAGCAUGCGCCUCAAACGGGCUCAUUCCCUAUACCAUCCAAACCUAUUACCCCAUUCCCCGGUGUCGUCAAAUACCUUCCCCCUGAUCGCGCCGCCGAGGUUCCAAAGUCCAAUUGUGUGCAGUCACGCGCUAUGUUGUCAAAACCCAGUCCUCACGCUUCAAAAAUGCUCACUGUAUACGGGGAAAACUUUUCUAAAACCGACCCCGUGAAUGUUUUCUUCGGCUCUGAGCCUUCGCCAUACGUUGAAGUCCGCUGCACGGAAGUUUUAGGCUGUUUACCCCCGGAAUCAGCGCCCUCUAAGCGUCGUCCCAUUAUUCUUAUCCGUUCUGACGGUGUUGUUUUCCCAUCUAAUACCAUGUAUCCUUAG